AUGGCGGAUGGCAAUUUGGGGUAUGCAUAUGUCAACGGAUCAACCCUCUACCUGUGGUCAAGACUGAUCGAUUCCAACGGAGUCGCCUCAUGGAGUCAACGUACAAUUAUCAAUCUCAUGAACCUUCUCCCCAUCCAAAAUCAUGUGGAAACAAUUAGAGUAGUUGGAACCGUGGAGGGCGGUGAUGUCGUUUUCGUCACCAUGGUGCUGGGCAUCUAUGAGAUUAAUGUCGAUUCGCAGCGAUGGAAAGUGCUAGGGAAGAGAGAAGAUUUAGAUGUUGUGAUUCCAUACAUGAGAUUCUACAAUCGGUAA